AUGACCACACUGCGCAAUUGUGGCACUAUACAACUGCCGCGCCAAGCAUUUCCUCCGCGUACGCUUCAUCGGCACUUGACACUCCCCGUCGCCGGAAGCUUCACCACACCACGUCUGGUAUCUGUUCGCCGCCGACCGAUUCGCUUCGUCGAAACGGACGAGCCGGAGUCGGUAUCGAUGACGGACUCCAAUUCGAUUCCCAGCUCUGCUCAUCCGGCUUAUACGGAGAUCGUCGUUGUUCGUCACGGCGAGACGGAGUGGAAUGCUGAUAAAAGGAUUCAGGGACAUGUCGAUGUUGACCUGAAUGAAGUUGGGAGACAACAAGCUGCUUUGGUGGCUGAUCGAUUAUCCAAAGAGUCUAAGAUUUCUGCUGUAUAUUCUUCGGACUUGAAACGAGCUUUUGACACGGCGCAAGCAAUUGCUGAUAGAUGCGGCGGUAUUGAGGUUAUCAAGGAACCAGGGCUACGAGAAAGGCAUUUGGGGGAUCUACAGGGCCUUUCGUUAAGUGAAGCUGCCAAAGCUUCUCCGGAGGCAUAUGAGGCGUUUUUAUCCCACAAAACCAGCCAAGACAUCCCUGGCGGUGGUGAAAGUCUUGAUAAACUAUAUGAGCGCUCCACAUCUUCAUUUCAAAGAAUUGCUGCAAAGCAUAGAGGGGAGCGAGUGGUUGUGGUGAGUCACGGAGGCACCAUCAGAUCACUACACAAGCGAGCUUGCCCUAGCGGGAGGCCUGCAAAGAUACUGAAUACUUCUGUCCACAUCUUUCACAUAUCCGAUGGAGACGAGUGGACCAUAAAAUCUUGGGGUGAUGUUAGCCAUCUCAACCAAACAGGAUUCCUGGAGUCCGGUUUUGGUGGCGACAGAACCUCUGGUUAG